AUGGGGAAAUCCAAGAUCCACAGAAUCCACCGUGGGAACGAUUCGUGGAUUAAGGACAUCAAAGUCUUGACCUGUAUCCUUCGGCUACGCUGCCAACCACCGGUCACUUACGUCAACAUCGCUGAGUACUUACUCGCAGUAUGGCCUGUCGCUAUGCUACGAAUCGCUGGUCGUCGAUACUCUGCGGCAAGAGAUCUACCGGCUGACCUCGAAGCCAACAAGGAGCUGAAGGAGGAAUACAUGAAUGACUUGCUACCCCGAAUCUUCACCACUUGUGAGAAUGAAGAAGAGGAAGCCUGGAAAGUGGCAAAGGAAUGGGAUGAUACCACUGUGCGUGAAAUCCUAAAGCACACGGGGUUGGGAGAAUUGGGAUACGAGAUCGCUGAUGAACGGGAGAUGGCUUUGCAAAUAUUGUGGAGAAAGACAAACGACUUCAGAGCUGGUUCCUUCCCAGAACCAUAUACGAUGACCAGCAACUAUGAAGCUCAUCAUGGAAGAUUGAGACAGUACAAACCCACACCAGGCCAGCGAUCUUUGCUCUCUGUCUCGGAGGAAAGCCUUCUUCGAAGAAGUUCUGUUGAUAGCGGGAAAGCCACUAUUCAACUUCUACGACUUGGUCCACACUCUCAUGUAACCAAGAGAGGCACAAGGAGAAUGCCGGAUGCACAACGCAGCCCUUUUAUCAAACAGGCCGCAGAGAUUCAAACUGCCUCAAAUUCAUUUGAAGAUGCACCAGCAACCGGAAUGCAAGCAGCAACGACGGGAAAACCGAGAGUUGAAGGGAUGUUGAGAAUUAGGGAAGAAUGA